UUCAGUAAAAACAAAUUCAGUUCAAACUGUUUGAUUCGAACAUAUGCCAUUUUCCCACUCUGCAAAACCCUAAACCCUUGCCCAGAAAUCCUCCAAAGACGAUGAACUAUUUCAACAACAUUCGGACAACCUUCAAUCACAUCCAAACCCUAAAAAAUGCGCUUAAUUUCACAAGACCCAUGUCCCAAAAAUCAACUUCAAUCCCCAAAAACCAGGAAAGAAUGCGAGACCAUGCUUUUGAUAAUUACAUGGAAAUCGAGAAAAAGAUGAGAAAAAUCCUCAAAUUCCAGGAAUUAAUCAUCGAUCAACCCCACCAAUCCAUCCCAGUUGCGCGCCUCGACUUCCUUGCUCGACGUAUUGGGUUCAAAAGAGACGAAGCAGGCAAGUUUGUUCUUAAAUUACCUAAAGUUUUUGAAAUUUAUGAGCACCCAGUUCAAAGAAUACUUUAUUUGCGAUUUACUAGGAAUGCCCUUUUGCAAAUUGAACAAGAAAAACAUGCUAUUGAUUCCCAAUUACCUGAUGCUGUUACCCGGCUUAGAAAGCUUUUGAUGUUGUCGAAUUCGGGUAGGCUUUAUCUUGAACAUGUUAGGAUUGCCCGUAGAGAUUUCGGGUUUCCGGAUGAUUUUGAGUACUCUGUUGUGCUUAAGUAUCCCCAGUAUUUUAGGUUGUUUGAUGCUGAAGAUUGUAUGAAUAAGUACAUUGAGAUUGUAGAGAAAGAGCCGAGGUUAGCUGUUUGUGCUGUUGAUAGAGUUAGGGAAAUUGAAUACAGGAAGAAGGGUGUUAGUGAAGAAGAUAUGAGGUUUUCAUUUGUUGUGAAUUUCCCACCUGGGUUUAAGAUUGGUAAGUAUUACAAGAUUGCAAUGUGGAAGUGGCAAAGGAUGCCGUAUUGGUCGCCGUAUGAGGAUGUUUCGGGGCAUGAUUUGAGGUCAAUGGAGGCUCAGAAUAGGAUGGAGAAACGAGCCGUGGCGAUGAUUCAUGAAUUGUUGUCAUUGACUGUUGAGAAGAAGAUUACAUUAGAGAGGAUCGCGCAUUUUAGGGUUCCCAUGGAUUUGCCUAAGAAACUUAAGGAUUUCCUUCUACAACAUCAGGGGAUGUUUUACAUUUCCACUAGGGGGAAUCAGGGAAAGCUUCAUACUAUUUUUUUGAGGGAGGCUUAUAGAAAGGGGGACAUGAUAGAGCCGAAUGAUGUUUACUUGGCUCGAAGAAGAUUGGCUGAAUUGAUCCUGGUGAGUCCCAGAAAGGAACCUUUGGGGAGAGAGUUGGUUAGUUAUACAAGGCAUAGGGAUGAUGCAAGUUAUACAAGACGUAGGGAUAAUGUAACUAGGAGUGAUAAAGAGCAAAUGAAUGACAGUGAAAAUUUAAGGGGAGGUAGAGUGGGAGGGCAAGAUUUGGGCUCAGAGUCAGACAGUGAUGGUGAAUCAGGUUACAGUGAUGAGGAUGAGGAUGGCCGCCAUGUUAGGGACACACGAGCUGCUCGUUGAACUGAGUGAAUUGGAAUGUUCUUAUGAAUGUUCCAAUUUUCUUUCUGUACCUUGUUAGCUUCGUGCCUGGUGCUAACUGACAUAGAUUGGCCAGAUUUUUGAAGGAGCCGACAGUCUCUUGUUGGAAUGUUAUUUCGAAAGACUCCAGCAGCUUUGAUUCAGAAGACUUCAUGUUCAAGCCCAGAGUUCAGUGUUCUUUUGAGUUUUUAUGAAAAUAUGGGGCUGAGAGCCUGAGCUAAUCUUGAGGGUCUCACAAGUCACAACAUCACGGUUUCUGUAAGGGGAAUGUUGGAGAGUAUUGCUUGUCUACUCAUACAGAAAUUAACAAUUCAACGGUUGCAAAUUGCAAUGCUUGUCCAGGAAGAAAUGAAGUGUGAUACUGACAUGAGCUUUCACGAGCGUCUACGGAAAGAGAAGGCCUAAAAUCUUUAAUUUAGAAGUCAAGAACGAAAUCGGAGUCCGGGAAUUCUGGAUCAUAUUCCGCAUAUAGCCAUAAACCGUUCAAGACUUUAAGAAGACCCUAAAUUUGGCUAUAAGCAACAAUCCUGUCUGAUGCACAUUGCACAAAGGUCUGUCUUAGCACUUGUCUAGCUGAUGUUGAGCUAGCAGGGGUGAAAUGUCGUAUACAGUUCUACAGAGCAAAGUAUUGCAACUCGCAAGGGCACUAUCGACAUUUCGCCCCUGUAACUGUUGGGCAUUUAGUCGAACUCUCUAUAGCAAACAAUACCGUCGUUUAGGGAAAUUGCGGAUAUAAACCCUAUGUUACCUGGUCUCUUCAUUUUACCUCAGAUACCCAUGUCGGAUCCCGUAAGGGUACUAUCGACAUUUUCCCCCUUCAACUGUUAGGCAUUUAGCCGCUCUCUAUUUUUUUUUGGUUUUACUACGGGGAGUUCCCACCGCCUUCGGCGAGUGGACUAAUCUCUCGCGGAAGUUUGCAUGGUACCUCGAUGGGCAACAUCCCUGCCGGUUGAGGUUUUUUCCAUUCCCAAGGCUUGAACCAGAGACCUUGAUUAAGGAGCAAGAGGCCCUUAACUACUCAUGCCAACCUCAAUUGGUAUUUAGCCAGACUCUAUAACAAACAAUGCCCUUGUUUAGAAAAAACCGCGGAUAUAAACUCCAUUUUACGUGGUCUCUUCAUUUUACCUCAGAUACCCGUGUUGAAUCCUGGACCACUUUAACAAUUCUUUGGACCAGAAUCAUGCUAUUUUCCCACAAAAUAGUGUCACGUACCCGUGUCCGAUAUGGGUAUCCAAGUCCGGUUAACAGAGUAUAAACCAAAGGGAGUAUUUUGCCUAAAAAGUCAAGAUUAUGUAGCUGCUCUUUUGUCCUUGAAUAAUUUUGUAGGGCUAUAUUGUGUGCACAUGCGCAAAGGAAUCCCAGGUUUUCGUUUUUGUGUUUGUGAUUUUUGUAUCAGGUUUCAGAAACCAAGCUGGACCUACACUUUUUUUUACCAGGAACAUUGAGGUCUACAUGUUCUUGUUGAUCUUCAAAGGAAUGUGUUUAACAGCCAGAUUAAUUGAUUAAUUAUGUUUUAAAAGAAUGAUCAAUGUACUAUUUUGAUUUUGUAAUUAUCAUUGGAUACCUUAAUUGUUAAUGUAAUUACGAUGCGCGAUUUUUGGGUGUGUAGAUCACAUCCUAUAUGUACUAAUUGUAUCUCUAUGAAGCUAGAUCCAAGUUGUGAAUCUAAUUAUUGAGGAUCUAUAAAUUUGAUUAUGUCUA